CGUUAAUGGGGAACCGGAGUGAGUUAUCUUAUCUUGCACCGUGAGAGGUCGCCACAGGAAAAUGCGGUCCAACACAAAACAGCUGAUAAUGGCAUCUCUUCAUCUUAUCAGUAUCAGUAUUCUUAAAGAAAGCGAACGUGUUUUAUAUUGUCUUAAGUGGAAAUUCAUUACAAUGGCAACUAAUUUUGGUUCAAUGACUAUUCCUGAAUUACGAAAGGAACUCGAAAAAUUUGGUGCAAAAAAAUCGGGACGAAAAAGAGAGCUUGUAGAAAGGCUUGAGGCAUACACACGCAAUGCUCACUGCUCCAGGACAGACCUUACUGCUGCUCAAGAUUAUGUGAUGGUCCUACCUGAUCCUCAAAAAUAUGAAGAUCUGAACAGUGACAAGAAUUUUCCUGGGUGCAAUAUGGAUAAUAUUACAACAUACUUGGCACAGUUCAAUAAAAAUUUAGAAUCCAAAGCGAAGAAUUUGUACAACGAUGGAUUUAUCAAGUACAUCCGUACCACUGAAAACAAUGCCCUAUGGUAUGUUAGGAGUGCCAUCAGAAUAUUGUAA